GAGACCAAUUUAAUCGCGGUACGCGCAGGUAAUUUUUAAUGAUUGUUAGAAAAAAAAACUACCGUAAAGAAACAGAUUAAUAUAAUCGACGUCCAGAUUCGACCUUUAACAGUUUUAUCCUCGUUUUUGUUUUUGUUUUACCUCGAUUACGAAGUUCGCGAAAUUUCGACCAUGACGGACUUACCUGCAGCGACACCUGGUGGUCAUGGGCUGGAAAAAAUUCACAUGACAGAAAGAGCAGCUAUGAUUGCAGAAAAUCCGGACGGUGAUGUUUACAAAAAUGAGAGAGACUUGAAAAGUGUUCUUUUUAAACAAGAGCAGAUGGCUGAUGAAAUCGCUCAGAAAACAGCCAUGGUUUCGGAUCCAGAUCCGUUGGAAUCCCUGAAAGAUGAAUACAGCGUAAAGGACAAGCGGAUCCGGACGAGGAUCAACGAAUUAUCGCUCAUUUUACAUUCACUGCUUCUCGUGGGACUCGAAGAAACCGAGAAGAACGAACGACCCGGGGUCGAAGCCGACCUUUUCCUGGUGGUGGUCCCUCCAUCUCCGGACUUGAAAACUGGCUCGUUUGUGGAACCCCUGGGUUUCGCGUGGCGAUUGGACCCAGGCGAACCCGGCGAAUUCCCGGCAGAAGCAGACCCGGGUCGGGAAAACAGGUUCAUGAGCCGCAAGUGCAGCAGCUCCUGGAAGCGACCG